UCCAUCUCCCACGGAAAAAACAGCGGCUCUCAUCACACGGAGCGCCGACAGGGCAGGCUCAGCUAACGAGACCAGAGGAGCAGAAAGGGAGAAGAGAGGUCGUUGACGGGCCGGCUCCAGUCCUGCCGUCAUGUUUGGCCCGAUCUGACCCCAGACUCCUCUGAAGCCGCUGCGUCUCUAACCGCGCCCGCCUGGAGCUUCUGGUUUGUUUUUAGUCUCGCAGCAAAACCGAGUCUCCACGUUCUCCCUUUUCCCCCCGGUGCAUGCAUGAGAAAACACGCAGGUGUCAGUUAUAAUAUGCUGCCAUGGCAACGCCGCGCAGACGCCCUGCAAAAUCAUAAGUCUGUUGCUAUGGUGACUCUGUAGCAAGCAGCGGUCACUAUGGGAACAUCGAGGAUGUUCCGCAUUUUCGUGGUUCUGGGCUCGGCUUUCAUGAUCCUCCUCAUCAUCAUCUACUGGGACGACGUGGGAGCCGCCCACCUCUACCUGCACACCCCGGUGUCCCCGGGCCCCAAGGUCCCCCACCCGCCGCCCCAGCCGAAGCCCCACACCACCCGGACCCCGUCCUUCCUGUCCGACAUCGACGCCUUCGUUAACCAGUUCCUGGAGCCGGGAACCGGGGAGCCCACGGACACGGUGCCGGUGGACUCCAGCAACCAGUCGGAGAAGUCAGAGGAGCGCUACAUCCCCCGGAGGGAGUGGAAGAUUCACCUGACGCCGGUUGCCGCGGAGCUGCGGGAGAGACAGGAAAAGAGGCGACGGUUUCUCCAGGAGGUCUGCGCCAACGACAGCGUUUCGUUUCCGGGCAAAAACCGUUCGUUUGAUGACAUUCCUAACAAAGAGCUGGAUCAUCUCAUUGUGGAUGACAGACACGGCAUUAUCUACUGCUAUGUUCCCAAGGUAGCGUGCAGCAACUGGAAGCGCAUCAUGAUCGUCCUGAGUGAGAGCCUGCAGCAGGAUGGCGCUCCUCAGAGAGACCCUCUGGCCAUCCCCAGGGACCUGGUCCACAACAGCAGCAUGCACUUUACCUUCAACAAGUUCUGGAAGCGCUACGGCAAGUUCGCAAAGCACCUCAUGAAGGUGAAGCUGAAGAAAUACACCAAGUUCCUGUUUGUGCGGGACCCGUUUGUGCGCCUCAUCUCCGCCUACAGGAACAAAUUCGAGAUGCGCAACGAGGACUUCUACCGGCGCUUUGCACAAGUCAUGCUGCGCCGCUACGCCAACCAGCCCACGCCUCCGGCCUCCGUGGACGAGGCCUUCACUCUGGGCGCCCGCCCGUCCUUCUCCCACUUCACCCAGUACCUCUUGGACCCGCAGACCGAGAAGGACAUGCCCUUCAACGAGCACUGGCGGCAGGUGUACCGCCUCUGCCACCCGUGCCAGAUCCAGUACGACUUCGUGGGCCACCUGGAAACGGCGGAGGAGGACGCCGAGCACCUGCUGCGCCUGCUGCGGGUGGACAACGUGGUGGAGUUCCCCACCUCGCAGAGGAACCUGACGGCGAGCAGCUGGGAGACGGACUGGUUCGGUCCGGUGCCUGUGGAGGCACGCCGGCAGCUCUACAAGCUCUACGAGCCCGACUUCCGGCUUUUUGGUUACGACAGGCCAGAGUCCAUCCUCAACGAGUGAUUUGCGCAAACGCAAGGGCAAAAUGUAGUUUUUAAAAUCACAAGAGCGGGCGCCGCAGCCCCAACGGCCAGCGAGAGGCGCCGUGUCUUUGCUGGACUGAAUGUGCACAUGAUUAGAAACACUCAUGGCGUCAUUUCUGCCUCAUUAAGUCACAGAAGAAGCAUGCAGUUACAUUCAGGUGUGUGUCCCUCUGCCCUCUUUAGGGACUUUAACCUCCAUGUUUUUAUGUGAUGCCGUCUGUGCCCACUUUUGUGACUAAAUCCACACACUUUGGUAGCACUCUGUUUAAAAAACAAAACGAUGCACAGAGACCGUUUUGGUUGUGAUUGCACGCAAUUAGAUUAUUUUUUUGGUGUUGCUAGAUUAUCUUGAAUUAUCACUGCACUAUCAGUAGUUAGCUGGUUUAUGUCACAUUGUUUAAAGUGCAAUGUUUUUAAGCAUGAAAGGGAUUUUAUGUUGAAGUAAGUUAGGGUUUUUUUACCUCGUAUCCACACUUUAAGAGUAUGUUUUUGUGCAUUGAAGCCGAGCUGAUUAAUUUAUAUCGGUUAUACAAGGUUCUGCGUGCAAAAUACGUGCUGUAAACUCAGUACAGCUGCUGGCGUCUGGCUAGUUUUAAAGCCAGUUGCCACAAUGUAGCCUCAGCAUAAGGAAGCACAGCGGCAGGCAGCUGGUGACCUGGGUUUGUCUCGGCUUGUCUCAGACAUAUUCUUACGGUUACUAAUGCACAGAUGUGCCUCUGCUUGUUUUUCAAAAAUCUUUUUCAAAGGAAAAUCUCUCAUUUGUGUCUUUGCUUUUUCUUUUCUUUUCAGACAGGUCUGGGUUAACUCACGCCGUCAUGAUUUCACGACCUUAAAACAAACCAUCUCGCUAGAUUAUUCAUAAUUGCUUGAAAGUUUACAUCCCUUGGUAAAAUUAGUAUUUCAUAGAAUCAUGUAGAUUUAACUUACUUUUACCAAAAUGACUCUGUGGGCGCUCUAAGCUUUAUUAGAGCCACUUAAACACAGCAGAUCAUGAAUACAACGUAGUAAUUUAGACGAUUAUACAAAAGUACAUGUGAAAGUGGGUACAAAAUGAGAAAAGUGCAGUUAAGAGACUCUUAAGGUAUGAAAACCUUGAGUAAAAAUAUCAGUAUUAUGGUACUAACACAAAAGAAAAACAAAAACUAAUCACAGGAUCUCUUUAAUUUCACAGAAAAUAGCAUAUUUAUUAUUACACUUUCAAUUAUGCUGCCUAUAAUGUAGGUGGAAAAAGUAGCAGAAAUCUACACAGAAAUCCAACCGCUGAAUUUAGCUGUGCUCAUUGCUCACACCUUCCCUUUCUAGUGUUCAGUCAGUCGUCUUAAAGCAGCACUACCUUUAGUUUCACACCAGGUCUGGAUGUAUUUUUCCCAACUGAAGCAAGGGAGAAGUGUGGUGGCCGUGUUUCAGCCUCCUGACCGGCAGGAGCAGCGAUGCAAUGCUUUUGAAGCCAAAAUGUGGAA